AGGGGGAGGGAAGGGAGUGGCGGCGGAGAGGGCAGCUUUUGGUCAAGCCAGCAGCAAUGGACUCCUUCGGGAGCCUCUGGUUCUCCACCCAGGUCCUCCUAUUUCACACCGGCCUCCUUCUUGCUCUUUCUUUACCAGGUUUACUGACUGUCGAAGAUUCCAUCUCUUCCUGCACAGUGAACAAGAUCGUGCAGGAAUCUGUCCAGCUGGAAUUCAACUCCUCCUUGGACCCUCUCAUCCGAGAGAUUGAGUGGAAUAAGCUUUCUGGCAAGAAAAAGCAGUUUCUGGUGACCUGGAAGCCCAGCACCCCCAAACCUGAUUGGUAUAACCUUGAAGACAAAUAUAAGCAUCGAUUCAACCUGACAGAAACAGCUUUCUUGAGCAUCAGGAACCUCACUGUGGAAAUGAGUGGGCUGUAUGCAGCAACAAUCAAAUUCCACUCAGGAGACUCUCAGGAACAGACCUUUAGACUCUGUGUAUAUGAGCCCAUUACCCAGCCUGAAAUUAUGAUUCAUUCGUCAUCCGUCACGUCAGGCUGGUGCAAUGUCAGUCUGGAGUGUGAGACUCCAGGGGCCACAGACAACUCGACUGUGACCUGGCUGAGCAAGGGUCUCUCCAUGGAGCUGAGCCAGAGAGAGGCACUGGUGCCAGCCCUCGACUCUGGGAGUCUAAGCUUAAACCUGCCCAUGAGCCAGCUGAAUGGCUACCUCACCUGUCUGGCUAGCAACCCUGUGGAUCAGAAGAAUACAACCUUAGACCUGGAGACCAUCUGUCUAUUGAGGGAUUCUCAUCAGAGUAAAUGGCCUAGAGUCAUCAUCCUUGUCCUAGUUCUGAUGACCCUGGGGGUUGGACUGUGGAUCUGGAAGACAAAGAAGAUAAAGAGAGGUGAGGCCACCCUUCAGCCAGCAGCAGUGGGCUCAGAAGCUGCUCCUCAGGCCCUUCCCACAGAGGACUACACUGACCUGCAGACUGUGCAGACUGGUGGAGUCAAUAGCCACGACAUUGCCUACGCAGAGAUCAGCCUCCUGGGACACCCUCAGAACACCGUGGAGAAGGGAAGCUCACCUGCACAGAGUCCCAAGAAGACUCCGGGACUCCACACUGUCUAUGAGAAGAUCCGGAGAAGCCCACGGCCUGAGGGAUGCCUAGAUCAUGAAGACACGGGGCAGUGAGGGGCCUUGAGCACAGGCACAGGAGAGAGAGAGAGACAGCACCCCAACAGUGUCUUGAAACCUCAAUCGUGCCCCAGCUUCAGCCGGCCUUGGAUCAUAGGCAAGUGUGUUCCCUGUAUACUCAGGGAGGUCCCUGGACUUGAACAGUGAAACAUUCCAUGUGGAAUUUCCUCCCAGAGCUUCAUGUUUUUUAAAAUACCAAUGCACCACCAUCUGGCCUCAAAAUGAGAAGGAGUUUCAGCAAUGUGUUAAUUCCCUCUAGAGCAGCAGAAAAUCAUUAGGUAAUUUCUCAGUUUGAAAAUUCCGGGGUCAGCUCUGGGGCUUAGUGUUUAAGGAAUUUGGACGCCACAUGACUAACCAGACGGUUUGAAUGCUGGCCCUGGCACUGAGUGCAUGUGUGUGCAUAUGUGCCCCCAAUCUUGACAGGAUGAAAACGUGGGGAGAAGAGAUUAAGGUAUGACCGCGUCCCAUUGGGAAGGUGCUUUUCUCCCUCCCAUUCCCUAGGUCUCUCUCUUGCAAAUGCAUGUGCCCUCUGGUAAGUGCAUGUGCCCUCUGGCAAAUAAAAAAAUAAGAAGAAAGAAAACUCCUGGGGACCAGCAGUUAGUGUAAUGGC